AGGGACGGUGUACCAGUUAUCGCUAUAGCACCAGUUAUGGAUAUAUAGAUGUGAAUUUGCAGAAAAUAAAAACUUUCAAGCAAUUUAAUAGAUAUGUGAACAUUACACAUCAAGGAACAGACUUUACUUUACAUUCAUGAUUGAUAUAUUCCAGGUAUAACGUUUGUUUCAAGUCCUAAUUAGUUGUUUUAUUUCUUCGGCUAUUGCGGUGGAUAAUACCAUACUGAUUUGCUAACGCACACACCAUUUUUCAUUAACCUAUUUGAGCUGAUGAAAACUUUUGAACUGUAUGAAUUUUCCUCGAAGACAUCUUAAGAAGCAUAAUCAUUCAUGGAAAAUGUAAAUUUAGUCAAAUAUCUUCCAAAACCCUGCUAUGUUAACGUUUUACAUACCUAUAAAAUAAAGCCACAGUGUUCCCUAUUUCGCCACAUGCGAAGUGGUGCAAAGCGAGCACAAAAAAAACAUCAGAAGUAAGCCGCAUCGAAUGUAAACAGUCGAUAUUUUCAUUGCGUGUCACAAUCUGAGUGUUGUUUUUAUUAAUUCUGCUGGUUUGAUCGUACAAUCUGCUCAAGGUAAGCCAAAUUUAGUAUAUUCUUUCAGUAAAUUCUAACAAUUCCCACUCUAGGAUGGGCAAAAUCACGAAGAGACGGGCAAGUAUCAGUGCAAAAAAGCAUACGGAUGAGGCGAUUCAAAAAUGCAUCUAGUACGUGAGAUCCGGAAAGAAAUCCAUGUAUGCAGCCUGCAAAAUGCUGAAGCUUCCCAUGUCCACCGUGCGAUAUCGGAUGAGUGACCGAUGGAAACAGAAGAACGUUUCUGGACCUCGAUCCGUACUUACCCAGGAGGAGGAACAGAAGAUGGUGAUAUGGCUAAUUGGAAUGCAGGAGCGUGGAUUUCCGGUUACGCGAAGCACACUGAGAUUCAAGGUUGCCGAGUUCCUAUCAUCCGAUCCUCGGGAGACACCUUUCAAAAACAAUCGCCCUGGUAAGUUUCGUAUAACAUGCCUCAUAAGUAAAAACUUGUAGGUAACAAAAUAACGUUUUAGGACGCAAGUGGUUUGCUGCAUUUAUGCGCCGUAAUCCAGGGUUUUCGCUGCGGGCACCAGAAACUGUAUCUUCGGCAAGUGCCCGAGUUAGCGAAGAAGACAUCCGAGGUUGGUUUCAGCAAGGAAUGGCUGGCGAAAAACGAUAUGCUCCACAUUUUGGAUUGCCCCGAUCGUGUGUUCAAUGGAGACGAGACAUCCUUCUAUCUACACCCAAAGACGAAAGAGGUGAUUGCAAGAACCGGAUCCAGGAACGUCUACGAGGUUGAGCAGGCAGUGGCAAAGCAAAAUGUAACGGUUAUGUUUGCUUUCGGUGCGUCCGGGACUGUUGUUCAUCCCCACGUCAUAUUGUCAGGUAAACGGCUUCGGAAAGAGGUGGUAGCAGGAUUUCCGGGCGCCUGGGGAGUAGGACUGAGUGAAAAGGGUUGGAUGGAUUUGGACAAUUUCCGUAAUUACGUCGAGAAGAUCUUCUAUCCGUAUCUGGUUGAAAAAAAUGUGGAGCUCCCAGUCAUUUUUUUCGUCGACGGUCACUCAUCUCAUAAAUCCGUGGAAGUAGCAGACCUUUGUCAAUCCUUGGGAAUAAUACUUAUUUCCCUUUAUCCAAACACUACUCACAUAACUCAACCCGCUGACGUUUCGGUGUUCAAGCCUCUUAAGGACGAAUAUAGACGACAAGCCGAAUACUGGCGUUUGGCACAUCCUGAUGAAAUUCUCACAGUAACACAUUUCGGUGAAGUGCUGACUAAAACAGUUGCGCAGGGUAUCAAAGCCAGCAGCAUUCGAAAUGGAUUUCGAGUUUGCGGACUAUUCCCAUUCAAUCCGGAUAAUGUCGAUUACAGCAAGUGUAUCGCGCGGAAGUGCAACAAUUCCCGAGAUUCCAGAGAUCAAUCGAUAAACGAUGCUCCUCAGGCACCGACUGAAAUCGAGCCUGUGCAACUAUCACAACCGGAAUUGCUCAUGACUACUGUUGUAGAUCCCUCAAUGAUUAGUCCACUUGACUCUUCAUCUGUGUCUCUUCAAACAGAAGAGCAGCAUGUGUCUAUACACAUCAAUAAAAUCAUUCAAGCAGUAGAUAUGAUUGGUCCUCAGACGAUGACAAAGAUACAAGGUGAUGUUGGCCUCCUCUCACGAGAGGAACGGACCAUCCGAUUCUUUUAUCAAGAAUUUGUACAACCAUAUGUGAGCAUCUCAAAUUGCGACAGGUUGGGUGGUGAAGAUGUUAACACACUCAACACAACAUCGAACACACUGACGCCGUCUACGGUUGGAGAAUUAGCAGUGUUGGAUGAUGAAAUCCUCAUGUGCGCAAUUGCGGAAACAAGCAACAAUGAUGGGAAAGAACCGGUUUUGGACACAAUUGAGAAUCUACGCCACGAAAAUACUCCUAUUGUCAUUGAGGUACCAGGUGAUACAUCGAAUCAGUCUUUCGACAUACCGUGGGAUACAGAGAAUGUUAUUUAUUGUCAACUCAACAAUGCAUCUGAUUCCAGUCCAGAGAAUACUAAAGAUGCAAACAGCGCUUUGGGCGAAGAUCAAUCCAUGUGUCUCGUUGAUUUCGAAGAUGAACAACAUCGUAAAAGCAAUGAGAAUGUCUUUGAAAAAGAUCAAGAUUUGUCUCCACUCCCAGAAACUGUUUUGAAGGAUUCCAGCAACAAAACAAAACCUGGGUGUAAGCGCAGACUGUCCGAAGUUUUUAAGCUACCACCAACUCCACGUCGCAGUACGAAGCAUCGCAAAUAUUCAAUGAAGUUCUAUCCGGUUUUAACAGCCAAGGAACGACUUGACGAAAUACAGAAAAAGGAAGAUGAAAAACAGGCCAUCGCAAACCUCAAGCUAAAAAGAGCUAAGGAUCGUGAGAUGAUCAAACAGCAACGCGAAGAUCUUAAAAAGGCUAAGGCAGCUGAACGCGAACGCAAGAAGAUAGAAAGAGAACAGAAAAAAGAACAGAAAAAGGAACUAACUAAGUCUAAGACUAAAGGAAAACGGGCAAAACAACCGAAACUUUUGAUUUAAUGAUAAUUUUGCUAAGAUUGAGCGAUUGUUUUUAUGAAUUUUAAAUAAAAAAGCUCUACACCUCUUCAGUAUUUUAUUUUCUUGCAUAAUGAAAAAGGUCAAUGGUAGCACUGUUAGUGUGCGAUGUUCUACGUUUUGUGAAAAUGAUGGAUUACCUGGGCGGGAUAAAAUAUAAUCCACUGUUUUGUAAGAAUGUACAUAGUGCUUUCAGAUGUAGUUGCGCCCUUUUCCAAUAUUGGUGCGGAAACGAACUAAAUAUAUUACUAGAACGUAAGUAUUUUUUCAUAUAACUCAAACUUGAUCUAAGGGUUAUAAUGGCAUAUAUUAAAUAUGCUAUCAAUCAUAGCUUACUGCUUAUUUAAUCACCAAUCAACCAGUCUCCAGUUAUCCUAGUGCAUGAGGCGUUGGAUCGCCAAUCCGGAGACAAUGGGUUAAAAUUCCAUCGGGUCUGAAAUAUUCUCGCCUUCUUGUUGGACAUUGUUUAUCACUGUGUUUGUCAAACAAUAUACAAAACCGUUCAAUGACAGACAAAGUAAGCUUAAUUAAUAACUAUGGAACUGUUCAGAGAACACUAACUUGAAGAAAUACAGGUCCAGUUCCAAUUGUAACGUAGAUCCAGAAAGAUUCAGAAUUUCGUGACGAUAUAUGAAUGGUGUCUAUGAAAUAUAUCAGAUGCCUAUCAGUAAUACACUUACACAACUUUUUUUUUAGUUUACCUUCAAAUUUUAAUAUCAUAAUACGAUUUUAAUUACACCAAGAUUAUCAACGGUAUAUGUCAUAUUUUAAAACUGAUUGCCUAAAUUAUUUUCCACUAAAAAUUUUGAUUAAUUUGGGAAAAAUAUCUUUAUAUCCAUAACUGGUACACAUGUAUGGCGAAAUAAGGAACACUAUAGCCAUAACUGGUGCAAGGCAAUGACAUUUUGAAAUUGAAUUUAAGCGUUCAAAUACUUGAAAACUGUACAGUUUUAGUAUUCAAUCUUCAAAAAAACUAUUUGUUUUACCAGAAAAACACGUCGGUUAUACAUUUUGUGUCAAAUUUGAUACAUAAAUAAUCAUUCAACGGCGAUGCAGCUCUAACUAGUGCGAUAACUGGUACCAUGACC